AUGGAGCAUGCCUGUUCGGACAUCAACUGGGACUUGGUCAAGACCGGUACGUUUCCUGGUCGUCGGCAUCCGUCUGAUCCUCCUCGGCUUACCCGGCGCCAUGAACUAAUCCGUGGUCAACAUGAUCCGGGAAUUGUCUGCCGGACUCGGUCCGCGCCGGCGCCCCGCUCCAAGGCCCCGACCCCGAACCCGACACCGACCGCAGCCACCGACCCCCCUGCCGCCAGGUGGCUGCCGAAGAUCCCAGCAGCAGCCCCGCUGCUGACCAUGCCCGUGCCGUUGUCGUCCAACGACGGCGCCCCCCUUCCCCUUCCCGGGCAGCAGCAGCAGCAGCACAACUGCCCGUCGCUCCCGUAG